GUAAACACAAAGAAAAGCCGGCUGCAGAGUCGUGUGUUGGCUGAUCCGUUUGAAGAAAUUGGGAAUUGGGAAUUGGGAAUUGGGGAUGACCUCAAAACCCUAAUUUGGAAUUAAUUCUGCUGACAGGAUCGGAGCUUUUUCCACGAGAAUCUAUGCCAGGAAUUGCAACCAUCCCGAAUCCAAUCUCCAACACCGGAUUCAUACUCUCCUUGAUCCGAUCAUCGCGGUAAGUAUUCAAUCUGAAUUGCUCAAGUUCCAGUGAUUCUACUUGCUCGGAACGAUCUCCCAUGGCGGACACAGCUAGGCCCCCCGUCACAGGAUAUCCGGCGCCAAACCCUAACGGUUACGCCGCCAAUCCGCCGCCGCCGCCUCCGGGGACCGCCUACCCGUACGUCGCGCAACCGUACUACGGCAACCAGAGCAAUCCGUACUACCAGCCUGACCCCAACGCCGUCCGCCGCGCGACGUGGCUCCGCCGCGUCCUGGCGGUGGCAAUCGGCCUAGUCGUCGUGUUCGGGACCGUCGUCUUCAUCAUGUGGCUGAUUCUCCGGCCACAGCUCCCGGACUUCCGAGUCGACUCGUUCUCGCUCGCCAAUUUCACGCUCGACAACAGCUCCGUCGUCUCCUUCGCCGCCGAGGUCCGCCUCACGGCGAGAAACCCUAACCGGAAGCUGUCCCUCUCAUACGACCAGAUCGAAGCCCUAAUUUACUACAACUCCUGGUCGAUUUCCGACACGGCUCUGCCCCCUUUCUCCCAGGGGACUAAGAACGACACUUCUCUGACGGCGAAUUUCGCGGCGGUGGGGCGGUUCAUAGACGAUUCGGCGGUGGCCGGCGUCAACGCCGAGAGAAGAAACAAUGGCAAUGUAGGGUUCAAUUUGAGGAUGCGAUCAAGAGUUAGGUUUAAGGCAAAGGCAUGGAGGGCUAGAAGGAGGUAUCUCGGCGUUUUCUGCGCCGAUCUGAUCGUCGGAUUUCCGAGCAACGGCAGGCCUGGAAGGAUGAUCUCCGGCCCCCGGCAGUGCCGGGAAGGGAUCUGACCUUACAGUUAAUCUUUUAAGGCUUUAAACUGAGGUUUCUUUGCAUCAAAUUGUUUGAUGAUGUUGUGUGUAAUUGAUAUAUGUUCUGUUUAUGUUUUGGCUAAGGUUUAAUUUCAAUGUACAGAUUUAUGUGCACUAGUUUCUGUUCAGGUUCUUGAUUUGGAGUGUUGGUUUUAUUGCA